AAAAAAGAUCUGUCUCUCUUCUCCUCCUUCAAAUUCGGAUGAUUCCACAUUUCGAAGUUGCAGAGAAUAACCGAGAAAGGGGCUUCCUUUCUUCCUCGCCUCUUCCCCUUUCAUGUCUUCUCAAGUUGCUGACUUUCAUCAUGGGUCUCAAACCCUAGAUUUUCUCAUACUUCUUUCACUCCCUUUCCGUUGGAUCUCUCUCUCUUAAUCAGAUUACGUCUUUUGAGCUCUUCAACUUCUUCUCCGUUAGCCAAAUAUGAGCAACAAGAAGGUAUUUGUGUUUGGAUCCUUUACAGAACAUGAAACAAGGUCAUUACUUGAGCAGAAACCCAUUAACGCUCCUCAGAAACCUAAAGAAAAGUCUGCCGGGAGUAUACAAUUUGGCUCCUUUAAUCCUGUUACCGAAAUUUUUCCUGUUAACAGCGCUAAUGGCGAGUUAAAGAAGGGUCAGGCCGAUCGGGCACUUAAAUCUCGACCCUCCAGCUCUCUUAAGGAAGAUACAAGUUUUCAGUCUGCUGAAUCUCAAAAGAGACUCGAUGCUUCUAGACCCUCCAGCUCUGAUAAUAAGAUCAAUGAUAAUGCUGCAACACUCUCUGGGAAACAUUCUUCAGGAGAGAAUGUGGAAGAAAAUGGAAUUAUUAAAGAGGUCUCUGAAAGAAAACCACCUCUCAACAAUGGUGUGGCAGCAGAUCCUAUUGGUUUGGAGAAGCUAUGUGUGUCAGAUGCUGAAAGUGAUUCUUUGUGUAUAGCUUCUAGCUCAAAAUUCCAAGCCCUGGACACCGAUGUUUUCUCAAAUGAUUCUUCAUCUGGCACCACCAUACCAAAAAAGAGUAACCAGAUGGCUCCUACUGAAUCUGUUCCGGCCAUGAAAGAUUUUACACCAAGAGGAUUAAUAAACGCUGGAAACUUGUGCUUUCUCAACGCGACACUUCAGGCUUUACUCUCCUGUUCUCCUUUCGUGCAGCUCCUCCAGGGAAUACAACUCCAAGAUAUUCCAAAGGCUGAUUCUCCAACCUUAGCUGCAUUUUCUGAGUUCAUAUCUGAAUUAGAUGUACCAAGCAGCUCAAGCUUCAGAAAUAAUGUUGCCGUUGUUGAGUCUGGUAGACCUUUCACACCUUCCAUGUUUGAAGGAGUCCUUAGAAACUUUACUCCAGAUGUACUCAACAACAUGUCUGGCCGGCCAAGGCAGGAAGAUGCUCAGGAAUUUUUGAGCUUUAUAAUGGACCAGAUGCACGAUGAGCUGCUGAAACUCAGGAAAGAGUCCCCCAAACUCACUGCUUCGAAGUCAUCUCUUGUUUCUUCUGCCAACGAUGAUGAUGAAUGGGAAACAGUUGGACCCAAAAACAAAUCUGCUGUGACAAGAACUCAAAGCUUCGUUCCUUCCGAGCUCAGUGAUAUAUUCGGUGGGCAGCUAAGAAGCGUAGUGAAGGCAAAAGGGAACAAAGAUUCUGCUACUGUGCAGCCAUAUCUCUUACUUCACCUUGAUAUUCACCCGGAAGCAGUGAGUACAAUAGAAGACGCAUUGCAUUUGUUUUCUGCGCCAGAAGAUCUUGAAGGAUACCGAGCCUCGGUUACUGGGAAGGCAGGUGUAGUGAGUGCUAGAAAGUCGAUAAAGAUACAGAAACUCUCAAAGAUAAUGAUACUGCACCUAAUGCGUUUUAGCUAUGGAACACAAGGGAGUACUAAGCUCCAUAAACCUGUUCACUUUCCCCUCGAGCUCAACCUAGGCCGCUACCUUCUUGUUUCUCCUUCCAACGGGGGUUUAAAGUAUGAACUUGUGGCAACUAUUACCCACCACGGAAGGGAUCCCUCGAAAGGGCACUACACCACAGACGCACGAAGAAAGAACAAUCAAUGGCUUAGGUUUGAUGAUGCAUCUGUGACUGCCAUAGGGACAAAACAGGUUUUGCACGACCAAGCUUAUGUUCUGUUCUACAAACAAGUGUAAGAGAGUCAAAAGAAAAUCUAUUUACAUGGUCGGGGAAAGGAGAGUAACAUUGUUCUCAUUAUAAAAAACUUUGAAGGUGAGCAACAUCUCAAUUAGGUAAAUAGUUUUAGAGUAUCUGGUUUACAUGAAAAUUUUGUUUUGGUUCCUUGAGAUGGGAGUGUUUAAUUAUGAUUCAAACGUUUAUUACUUCAUAGACUUGUAUUCAGAAGUUAUUGAUUUAUGCUACUUACUUAGUUUCUUGUUA